AUGGCUCUCUAUUUAUUUGAUAAAAGAGUCCGUAUAGAACGAUUGAUCACAGCUUUGGGGUUGAUUGUCGUGAUCGGGUACUUGUUAUUGAAGAGUCCUGACACAUCACAGAAAUCAAUUGUAGCUAAAGAGGUUGAUUCCUCAGAAUUGAUUGGAGGUAGAAUUGAUGAUUUGGAGAGAGAAAGGAACUUCUUACAGAAAAUGAAUUACAGGACAGGUAAAUGCCCAGAUUAUGUUGAAUAUUCACAAAUCAGACAUCCUCCUUUAAGUAAUGGACAAUAUCAAUAUCCGUUCAUGAGACCAGCUCCUAAAUGUAGAACAUUUGUAUCUGAAUCAGUGGAAUACGUCAUCAGAGAUUUGAAAUCCAAGGUUUUGAAUGAUGAUUUAGCUAGACUUAUAGAAAACUGCUUACCAAACACUUUAGAUACUACCAUUCUUUGGCAUGUUCCCAGUGAACAUACCAAAUCCAAAUUGAAUAUCUUACCUCAAACAUUUGUUGUGACUGGUGAUAUUCAUGCUGAAUGGUUGAGAGAUUCUGCUAGACAGUUAUCAGUUUAUCAACCUUUCACAAAAUAUGAUAGUAAAUUGAGAGAAAUGAUAAAAGGGGCCAUAAAUACUCAAAUCACUUAUAUUUUGAAUUCUCCUUAUUGUAAUGCAUUCCAUCCUCCACCAGGAUCAAAUAUCAAAAAAGGGAAUACCGCUAUGGAUAAUGUUUUUCCAAGACCUGACUGGAAUCAGGUUUUCGAAUGUAAAUACGAAUUGGAUUCAUUGGCUUCGUUCUUAACAUUAUCUAAUGAAUAUUAUGCUAAUUCUGGCGAUUUAUCCUUUGUCACCCCUCAAUGGUUAAAAGCUUUCGAUAGAGUAUUGACCAUUAUGAAACGUGAAAGUCAACCUUCAUUUGAUCCCAGAUCUGGUAGAGCUCUGAAUUUUUACUAUUCAUUCCAAAGACAAACGAAUAUUGGUUCCGAGACAUUACCCUUGGGCGGUGUAGGUAAUCCCGUUAAUAGUGGAACUGGUUUAGUUCGAUCCGCUUUCAGACCUAGUGAUGAUGCUUGUAUUUUACAAUUUUUCAUUCCUGCUAAUGUUCAUAUGUUAACAGAAUUGAAAAAUUUACGUAAAAAUUUCCUUAACGAUAAGACCACUUUCAAAACUCAAUUACCCGAUUUGGCAUUGUAUAUCAAAGUAACUGAUAAUUUCAUCGAUUCAAUCACAAAAGGAAUUGAAAAAUACGGAAUUGUUGAUCAUCCUGAAUUUGGUAAAGUUUAUGCCUAUGAAGUUGAUGGUUAUGGGUCUAAUCUUUUCAUGGACGAUGCUAACAUUCCCUCAUUAUUAUCCAUGCCAGAUAUGGGUUUCUUACCUGUCAAUGAUGAUAUUUAUCAAAAUACUAGAAAAAUGGUAUUAUCCAGAAAAGGUAAUCCUUAUUUCUUAGAGGGAAAGGUUUUCCAAGGAAUUGGAGGUCCACAUAUUGGAAUUGAAAAUGCCUGGCCAAUGUCAUUAUUGAUGGCUAUAAGAACAACCGAUGAUGAUUCAGAGAUCAAGAAAAAUCUUAAAAUGAUUAUGGAAACCACUGCUGGUCUAGGUUUAAUGCAUGAAAGUGUUCAUGUUAAUGCUAAGCUGGGAAUGAGUUUCACAAGAUCUUGGUUCGCAUGGUGUAAUUCAGAAUUUGGUAAAACUAUACUUCAUUUAGCCAAACACAAACCACAUUUAAUUUUCAAAGAACAAUAUCAACAACCUUAUAAUCUUGAAGCGGUCUUACAAAAUUUCCAAUUAAAAGAUAAGUCAAAAAAUUAA